ACGGCCCCGCGCGCCCGCGUCGCUCGCCACACGCCGCGAUUGUAACCUGCUCUGAAAACAACAUCAACAAACAGAAUCACCAACAACCUCAUUGCAAUCACGCCAAGAACAGUGAAGUGACUGAAACAACCAGUGAGAACAGUGCACAACAAACACAACCUCGCUCCGUGUAAUUGCGCGAAUGCCACGGUCUACAACCUACGCAGCCGGCGCGUCCCCUCCGCCGUUCAUUCAAGGACCAAUCGUUGAACCCAUGAAGCUUUCGCGUGUACGCAAUCUCGCCGAUUUGGAAAUGAACACAAAAAAUACCGCAGCGGUGCACCUGAGUUGAUGACCUUCCGCGGAUCGCCACCGACAAUGUCAAUCAAUCAGAACGCAGCCGCUCCCCAGUUUAGUAAACAGAAAUCACAACUAGGUAAACAGGGCCCGGAACCGGUCAACUUUCCUCCGCGUUAUCACCCGCCGCCGCCAGCUGCAGGUGGCCCGAAACUAGCCACUGCGGACGCGACCGCCAAGGAGUUUAAACCUCCAUUCGCAGGCAAGUCCGUCGACGCGAACAAGUUGCAGUAUCCGCUAGGAAUACACGGCGUGCCGGGCCCCUACCCUAGCGGAUCCGUGCAGUUUGUGAAGUAUCCUCAGGGGUAUCCUCAGGGGUACCCACUGCCGCCAGGCGCGCUGCGCGUGCUGCGGCCGCCCGCCGAAGUCAUCACUAAAGCCAUCGUCCACGAGCCCGUGGAGCCCACCACCCGCGCCCGGAGCGCCGACGACACGCAGCGCGUCCAGAGGAACAUCGAAGAGGAACAAAUACAUAGAAGGUCAGCUGAUAUGCUCAAGUUUACCAAGCGUGUCGAGCCCGACGGACCGCGAGGUUCCACCGACCAGAGGCGACAGAUUCAAACACUUUUAGACGAGAUAAAGGCUUUGAAGGAAGCCAACCGUCGCCUAAGUGAGGAUAACCAGGAACUUCGGGACUUGUGCUGUUUCCUCGACGAUGACCGACAGAAGGGACGAAAAUUAGCGCGCGAGUGGCAACGAUUUGGAAGAUAUACAGCCUCCGUUAUGCGACAAGAAGUGUCCGCUUAUCAGAGUAAGCUGAGGGAAUUAGAUGACAAACAACAAGAGCUGAUACGCGAUAACUUGGAGCUGAAGGAACUGUGUUUAUAUUUGGACGAAGAAAGGGAACGAAGUACUUGUGUGAACUGCGGUAGAGCUGCAGGCAGAGAGAGAGACGACGGGGACGGCAGCAGCAGCGGAACAAACGCGGAGGAGGGCCCCCGCGCCCCGGCUGUGCCUAUAACACAUCCGCAACUAGCCGAGAGAACAGUGCAGUAUGUACGGGAUUUGGAACAGAAAGUGCGGAGGUUGGAAGCUGAGAAAGGCGUGGGAAAUGGUUUGAGCGAGCGGCCUGAGGCCGUGGUGCGCGCGUUGCAGGUGCUUGAAGUGAGGGAGCGGGUGGAGCGCGAGCGGAGAAGACCAGCGCCGGACCUGGACUCCGGAGAACAGGCGCUCGUCAGGGAGAUGUGCAACGUGGUGUGGGGGAAGCUGGAAGAUGCACCGCCGCAGGCGCCUCCUCGUUAGAAGUGCGCGAUAAAAUCAGCGAGUGUAAAAAUAAAAUAUGAGAACGAGAGUGAGUGAAAAGCUGUGUAAAGGUUCGAUUGGAAUCUGAGUGGAUCGAGGCCGCGGCGAACGAGCCCCGUGACCUACAGCACGGAAUUAACAUGACCUUGUUUAUGAAUCGGACUUGAGAGAUACUUAACUUUGUAUUUGUCAAUGAAAUAAACUACAAACUGCGUGAUGUUUGCUUGCCGCGGAUAUUUGAAACGCAUGUUGAAAUCUAAACGAAACCGAAAAGUACAAAAUAGAAUUUUAAAUAAUAAAUAUAGACUUAGGUCGUUUCGUUUGUGCUUUGCAUUUUCAAGUGUUUAAAUUGUCUCGUAAAGUUUACUAUUUAGAUUAAAUUAUUUAUGUUUACGUGUUAUGUUUAAAAUUAUAAGAUAGUUUUGGUAAACUUCUACCUACUUAUAAACUUCAUAAUGAAUACAUUUAAAAAUUGGGUAAAUGAGGCUAUAGGAUGAAAUGAAGUCGGUAAAAAUGCGUAGGUACCCCUAGAAAUUUUCAAAUUGUCUGUGAUUGUCUGAUCUUCUAGAGAGCUGGAAUUUGGUUUUACUUUCAACAUCAUCUUUUAUCUUGCCGUUUUUAUAAGAUAUUCAGGAAUGUGUGGCGUCAUCAAACGUUCUUUGAAAUGUAGAGCUGUGUCGACUGUGCGCUUAUAAUUUGUCUUAGAUCAUACUCUAUUCACUGUGACAAUCAUAUUUCAUAUGACUAUUGAAUGAAGAAACAAUACAAGUAAUUAUCUAGUCUAGUCAGAGCCAACCACGAAUACAAUAUUAUAAACAUUCCAGCUCUGUAUGCUUUUCUUGCUUCGGUUCUGUUUAAUUUAUUAUACUUAUACAUAAUUAAUAAGGAAUAAAUUAUUUCUGUUUUA